CUCCCUCCCGGAGCUGUACGAGGAGGAGCCUAAAUGUCUGCUUCACCAGCUGAAAGGGAUUGUGCCUCUCCAUCGCAGCCCAGCCCGCGCUUGUCACCCGCGCCCUCGGAGCCGCCGUGCCAGUCCCUCGGCCAGCCAUGGGGGACCUGCCGGGCAUCGUGCGCCUCUCCAUCGCGCUGCGCAUCCAGCCCAAUGAUGGCCCGGUCUUCUUCAAGGUAGACGGGCAGCGCUUUGGCCAGAACCGCACCAUCAAGCUGCUCACCGGCUCCUCCUACAAGGUGGAGGUCAAGAUUAAGCCCACCACGCUGCAGGUCGAGAACAUUUCCAUUGGUGGUGUACUGGUCCCACUGGAACUGAAGUCUAAAGAGCCUGAUGGGGACAGAGUCGUCUACACGGGCACGUAUGACACAGAAGGAGUAGCCCCAACCAAAAGUGGAGAACGACAGCCCAUCCAGAUCACCAUGCCGUUCACAGACAUUGGGACCUUCGAGACAGUGUGGCAAGUCAAGUUCUACAAUUACCACAAGCGGGACCACUGCCAGUGGGGAAGCCCCUUCUCUGUCAUCGAGUAUGAAUGCAAGCCCAAUGAAACACGCAGUCUCAUGUGGGUGAACAAGGAGUCCUUCCUCUGAAGACAGUUCUUUCUGAUGUUGCUGGACAGUCUCUCCAGAAAGCUACUUUUAGAUAAACCAGCACAAGCCUUAACCAAGGCACACCAACACCGUGGCUCUUUCCUACCUGAUUCCAAUGACCUAACUAGCCCCAGUUAUUGUGAAAGUGUAACUCCCAUGAUGCAGUACCCUUGACAUAAAAGAUGAUGAUGUCCUGCCCCGAAAAUACUUCUUCCAGUGUUCUGUGCUGGUGUCUUUGCUCAGUUAUGCUGUUAAUUGCUGUAACUGGAGGACCAUACAAUCAGAAGCCUUGUCCUCUACUGGAGGCUUCUCUGGAAUGACUGGUGUUUUGUUUCCAGAGAUGAGUAACUCACCCUUUAUUUUUUGUUCAUUGUUAAAUUAAGAAAUAAAACCUGUGCUUGAGUCCCCCCAUGUGUGAAAUGAUCAGUUGUAACCUGCAAUGUUUGCCAGAUCCGGAAGCAGGCUUUGUGAAAAUGUAACACCAGCAGGCGUGAGCAGGGCUCUCAACCUUCCUCUCAACAGCUCAGCCUUUUCAGGGUAAUGACAGUAAGAGGAUGAAUGUGUAGAGAAUUAUUUUUGAAUGUGUUGAUACUCUUUGAAGUAGCUCAAGCAAAUGCGCUCUGGUCUCAUGGAAAUGGGAUGAGGGGAGAGGAAGGGAUGGCUGUGGACCACUGAUUGGCAGGAGAUUUAGGGUCUCUCUCCCAUUUGGCAAAUGUGUUCAAACGUGGCAUCCUCCACUUUCCCUGUCACUUGAACUUUGUAAAACUGUGUAUGGAACAGUAAUUAACUUUUGAUAUUUCUUA